AUGUCAAUUUGUAGUAUAUUAUUAAGACCCUUGUCAGUCAUGGAGACUGGAGCUCAGGAGAACCCACUUCUGCCCUUCACAGAGCACCUGGAUUCAGAUGAGAUGGUCACCCUGAGAUGGGGCUUUGACGAGAUUGAAGGCAACAUUACCUUUGAGCUGUGCAUCAAUACCACAGGCUGGAUUAGCUUUGGGUUGAGUCCCAAUGGGGGCAUGGCAGGAUCUGAUAUGGUCAUUGGAGGAGUGAACUCAGACGGCAUUUAUUUUGGGGAUUACCAUGCUACUGGAAAUGAGAUGCCUCUUCUUGACAAGAAACAGAGCUACAGUCUGCUGUCGCUAUCUGAGGCUGACGGACAGACCACCAUGAUGUUCGAGAGGACCAUCAAGUCUUGUGACGUGGACGACCGUUCCAUUGCUGAGCUUCCAGUCAAGCUGAUCUAUGCGUAUGGGCUGACUGAUGACAUUGGGUACCACAGGCGGAGCCGGGGCUCCAAGGAGCUGAAUCUCCUGAAGUACAUGCCUCGCUCCGUCCCCACCGACAGCCACUUCUUCGACAUGACCAUGAUCAAUUUCACAGUUCCUGCAGAAGAAACUCAUUAUGGAUGCAGGCUGAUGUAUGCUCCCACAUUUGUUGAGAAACAACACAUUUAUCGGAUCCAGCCAUUGAUUGAGCAUCUGGAUCUCGUGCACCAUUUGCUGCUCUACAAAUGUCCACCACACGUGAACGAGACCUUUCAGGAGGAAUGCUUCACGAACCCUAUCCACGAAGUCUGCUACCAAGUUGUAGCUGCAUGGGGCGUUGGGGGAGAGGACUUUGAGGUCCCAGAGAAUGUGGGGAUUCCUAUUGGAGGAGAUGAGGGAGACUGUAUGUAUCGGCUUGAGAUCCACUUCAACAAUCCAACCUUGACUGAAGGUCGUGUAGACAGCUCAGGUCUGCGGCUUCACUACACUCCAAAGCUCCGGAAGCAUGAUGCAGGUGUUCUGAUGGCUGGUUUGGUUGUGUACGAUGGGUAUGCCAUCCCACCCAAUGCCUCGGCUUUUCACACAUACGGUCUGUGUGACACUUCCAUUAUCCCACAGGUACUUUAAUUGUCAUCUGAAACAGGACCUGAUCUCCAGGUGUUUGCAGCUGAACUGCACACUCACCUGGCUGGGCGGAAGGUUCGGGUGGGUCAGUUCAGGGAUGGCAAACAGAUUGGAUUUUUGGCCUUGGAUGAGCACUACAACUUUGAAUUUCAGGAGGCCAAAAACCUCGGCAAAACAAAAACUGUUAAAAUGGGAGAUUCUCUUCUGGUGGAGUGCACAUAUGAUACCACUAAUCGCACCGAAAUCACAUGGGGUGGCUUGGGCACAAGACAGGAGAUGUGUCUGGCGUUCCUCUUCUACUAUCCUGCCUCCAAUCUAACCAACUGCUGGAGUUUACCUGACCCUAAUUCCCUGAUGACUAUGCUGGGAGCAUCAAACGAACAGUAAGAUACAGGCCUAUGUCUUAAAA